GCCAGUUCAACCAGACUGUUGCACACCCUGACACCCCUCUUCAACUCGGCGCGCGCCCUCAGUUAAGGUGCCGAACGACCGCGGCCUCUGUCUAUAAGAGGGACACCGCCACGCCACCUUUCCGGCCCCGUGCGCCACGCCCCUGCCAGAGUGCCACUUGGCCGCUCGUCUCUAUCAAUUCGAUCUCGCCUCUCAGUGUGAGUGUCCGAGUGAGCCCCCCUGCCACACGCACACGAUGGAUGCUCUGCUCGUGACCUUCCUCGUCGCCGUGGCGGCGCUCACAGGGGCGGCGUCCGCAGCACCGCGCGCCUUCUUCGUGUUCGGGGACUCCCUCGUCGACAACGGCAACAACAACUACCUCAUGACCACGGCGCGCGCGGACGCGCCGCCCUACGGGAUCGACUUCCCCACCCACAUGCCCACGGGGAGAUUCUCCAACGGGCUCAACAUCCCCGACAUCAUCAGUGAGCAUCUCGGUUCUGAGCCUGCAUUGCCGUACCUGAGCCCCGAGCUCCGCGGCGAGAAGUUGCUCGUCGGCGCCAACUUCGCCUCGGCCGGCGUCGGCAUCCUCAACGACACAGGCAUACAAUUCGUGAACAUCAUUAGGAUCGGGCAGCAGCUGCAGAACUUUCAGGAGUACCAGCAGAAGCUGGCCGCGUUCAUCGGCGAGGACGCGGCGACGCAGCUCGUGAACCAGGCGCUCGUGCUCAUCACGCUCGGCGGCAACGACUUCGUCAACAACUACUACCUGGUGCCCUUCUCCAUCCGCUCGCGCCAGUUUGCCAUCCAAGACUACGUCCCCUACCUCAUCUUCGAGUACAAGAAAAUCCUCGCGCGGCUGUACGAGCUCGGCGCCCGGCGCGUGGUGGUCACCGGCACGGGGAUGAUCGGGUGCGUGCCGGCGGAGCUGGCCAUGCACAGCAUCGACGGCGAGUGCGCGCGCGACCUCACGGAGGCCGCCGACCUCUUCAACCCGCAGCUGGUGCGGAUGCAAGCCGAGCUCAACGACGAGAUCGGCCAAGACGUCUUCAUCGCCGCCAACACCAACCGGGUCAGCUUCGACUUCAUGUUCCACCCGCAGGACUACGGGUUCGUGACCUCGAAAGUGGCGUGCUGCGGGCAGGGGCCGUACAAUGGCAUCGGGCUGUGCACGCCGGCGUCGAACGUGUGCCCGAACCGGGACGUCUACGCGUACUGGGACGCAUUCCACCCAACGGAGCGCGCCAACCGGAUCAUCGUCGGCCAGUUCAUGCACGGCUCCACCGACCACAUCAGCCCCAUGAACCUUAGCACCAUCCUCGCCAUGGACAACAGGAACUAGGGAUCAAUCUUCUCCUUGACAUUCCUGUACCAGCUAUACACAUAGCUAUAUACUGUAUGCUUGUUCUUGGUUGCACGAAGAGAUUUGCUGUAUGCUCCUGAAGGUGGUGGAUUAGAGAGUUUUUGCGUUCUUUCCUCUCUUUUUUUGUGGUUUAAGUGAAGUGAAAUUAAUGGUGAAGUAAGCCUAGAGUGGAUUAUGGUUCUUGUUCCAGAUUGUUUGGCAGGGCUAGAUAGGAACUUUAGAGAGUGGUCUCUGUUCGACCAAUCUAAGAAUUUGUUGUACUAGCGGAUCGUGAACUUCGAUAUGAGGCACUGCGAACUCAUUGCGAAUAUUUUGGUGGUUCGUUCGUUGGCCUCAGUUACACACUUGUACCAUUGCAGCGAAGUGGGUAGGAACCAGGAAGACGACCACGGCCAGAAGUACUGAAUUCAAAUACUUGUACAGGUAUGAUCUGUCGUAAUGGGGACCGAUUAAACAGAGGAGGGCAGUGGAUUCAGACUUUCAGAGCAACGCGUCUCAUCGCUUGAGAGCAGAGAAUUGAGAGCAAUGCA